AUGGAUAAAGGCGUAACGUGUGAGCAUCUUAAUAAGCUCGCUGAUGUUUUAGACCAAGAACUUUGGCAGUCAAAGGAGUCUCUGACUUGCUUUGACUGUGGAUGCUCAGGGCCAAAUCUUUGGAUCUGUCUUCAAACUGAUUGCCGGCAUAUUGGAUGCUCAGAAGUUAAAAAUGACCAUAGUACUACACACCAAAAGACCUAUCCUCUUCAUUGUGUUCAUAUGAAUAUAUCAACGGAGAGAAUAUGGUGUUACCUUUGCGAAAAAGAGGUGCACAUCGGCGCUGCCCUUGCGCAUGCCAAAUUGGGUGCCCAUUCAACAAGUAUAGAAGACAUGUCAGUGAGCACUCGGCUUGGUUCUGUCAGUAUCAGCGUCAACGACGAGGAAUUGGAAGACGAAGAAUAUGAUGACGAUGGAAGAUCAAGAGGUCUAGUAGGUCUUCAAAAUAUGGGCAAUACGUGCUAUAUGAAUGCAGCGUUGCAGGCCUUAAGUAAUACGCAGCCUUUGACGUCAUAUUUCCUCGAAUGUGCUGCGGCAGUGGCUGUUCUAUCAGCUGAUAAGAAACCUGGGUUAAGUCGGGCAUACCAAAAAUUAAUUAAAGAAAUGUGGAGUAGAAAAACUAGAGGCUAUGUUGUACCAAAUGGUAUUUUAUAUGGGAUACGAAAUGUACAUCCAAUGUUCCGUGGCUACCAACAACAUGACACUCAGGAAUUUUUAAGAUGUUUCAUGGACCAGUUGCACGAGGAACUCAAAGAACCGGUUUGGGAUAAUACAGAAGAUAAAAUUGUGUCCGAGUCGGAAGGUGAGCCCCAAGAGACAAGGACAUUACAUAUACGACGGAGAGCUGUUUCCUCUGGAGCCAGCGACGCACCAUAUUUUGCGCGAAUGCGGCGGAAGUCACCUGCUUCAUCAUAUAGCGAACCGAGACAUGAUGGAUAUUUAAGAAUACAGCAGUCAGAUGGCUAUCCAUCCCGUCACCGACGAUCAGCGAGUUUUGGUGGUACACAGCACUUCACAUACAAUGUACAUACGCAACAGAUAAAUGGUCCAACAAAAGAUAUACAUUCGAGGGAUCUGGGUUCUGAAUCGGAGUUGUCUUGUUCGAGUGAAGCUGAAGAAAGGUAUGAGACAUGCUCGAGUGGGGCCAGCGAUAUUGUGGAAACCAGGGCACGCAGCAAAUCCAGUGGCAGCGUCUGCGCAGGUGGGAGCGGGGAUGGGACUCGCGGAGUGCGAUACCGCAGUAUCGUGUCUGACGUUUUCGAUGGGAAGCUGCUCUCGUCUGUGCAGUGCCUUAUAUGCAAUAGGGUAUCGACUCGCGUGGAAACAUUCCAAGAUUUAUCUCUACCAAUACCUUCGCGGGAGCAUUUGGCCGUGCUAAGAUGUCAGCAGCCGAUUCUCAACCAUCCACACGUCUCUCAGGAGUCUUGGCUAUGGUGGCUAGUCAGCUGGCUUCGGUCGUGGUUCUAUGGUCCGAUGGUGUCGCUGCAGGACUGUCUCGCUGCCUUCUUUAGUGCUGACGAGUUGAAAGGCGAUAAUAUGUACAGUUGUUCCCGAUGCAAUAAAUUGCGCAAUGGCAUCAAAAUGUCAGGUGUGAUGAAGUUACCGGAAGUACUGUGCGUGCAUUUGAAACGCUUCCGGCAUGAACUUAUGUUUAGCGCUAAAGUUGCUGCGAGGGUCUCCUUUCCUAUUAACGACCUCAAUAUGGCGCCGUAUACGCAUAAAGAAUGCACCUCAAAAAUAAACAGAUACGCCCUGUGCGCGGUUAUAUGCCACGCGGGGACGGCGGGAGGGGGGCAUUACACGUGCAUAGCGCGGACGAACACGAACACGGACGACAAUUGGUACGCGUUCGACGACGCCACGAUAACGCCCGUGCCCUUGCAGCAUUUGGCCACUUGUGAGGCCUAUGUGCUGUUUUAUAGGAAAGUGAACCCCCAAAUGGCGAUUUUGCGUCAGAAAGCAGCGGAGAUCCUCGAGGCUGCUAGCAAUGAACCCAACGAUAUUAAAUUUUAUAUUUCUAGGCAAUGGAUUAAUAAGUUCAACACGUGGGCGGAGCCAGGGCCCAUAGACAACAGCGACUUCGUGUGCGUCCACGGCGGAGUGAGGGUGGAACGAGCGCCUCAUUUGGCCGCACUCGCCGCCAAACUGCCCCAGCCCUUGUGGGAGUUCCUGCACACUCAUUUUGGCGGUGGUCCGGCGGUGACUCACGCGCACGAGUGCGGGGCGUGUGCGCGUGCGCAGCACAAGUUGAGAGCUCGGAGAGAGGCUGAACUCACGGCCUUUGGAGAUCUACAUGCGCUGUUUCAGGAGCAAGAGCAGCCCCGCGCCAUUUACGCGAUAAGCAUGUCGUGGUUCCGCCAAUGGCAGGCCUUCGUGAGGAACAAGACGCGGCGGCCGCCCCCGCCCGUCGAUAACACGCCCAUACUUCACAAACAGGAGUUAGACGGCACAACGAAAUAUACGUUAAAGCAAGGCUCGGAUCACGCGCAGCUCAGUGAAGAUUUGUGGCGAUUUUUCAUAGACAUUUAUGGGGGAGGACCGGAAAUCCGGCUAAAAGUGCCAGAAGAAAAUUUACCAAUAAAAUACUCGGAAUCGGACCGGGAAGAGUACUGCACCUCGGAUACAAACAUACAUAGCGUGCAGAAGAAUCAAUCGCUUCAAAAUAUACGAAAAUAUGACGAACAUUGCCAGGAAAAUGGUUUCGAUUCGGAUAUUCAAAAUGGCCUCGAUUCGGACACGAAUUUAUAUAAAACCGACUCGGAAUUACCAAAUCUAAAGAAGGGUAAAGUUAGGAAGAAUAAACGAAGAGUGCGGCGGAGUAAUUUUAGCAGACAUUAA